AGGUCCUACAGCAAGCAGAGGGCCGCCAUCGACAGGGAGUACGGGCAGGUAAGAAGCCAGUGCGUGAAGAGAGACUGGCAGCGGGGCCGCGGCGAGGCUGGUGACUCGAGGUGGGCUGGGGAGAGGGGCGUGGAAGAGGGGCUGGGAUUGAGGCUCCGGAAGAGUGACCGGAGGAUAUUUCACACCAAGGCCAGUCUGCAAAAACUCAGUGCCAAGUUCUCAGCACGACUGGCCGAGCACUCAAGGCAGCUUGUAGGGGUGCAGAACGAGUUGGCCUCCCCCCGGCCAGCCGCCCCCGCCCACCUGGAGCAUUACCAGCGGGUGGAGCUGCCCGCUGCCAUGCAGGUGGAGCCCUGCCGAGCCACCCGGGACUGGUUCCAGGGCGUUGUGGAGGCAUCCGCACGGGUAUGCCGGGAGCAGGACCUCCUCUUCUUCCUGCAGGACCACCCUGCCUUUGCCCUGGCCCCUCAGCAGCACUUGCAGCUUGCUGGGGUGGAGGAGUGUUGGCAGCGGCUGGCGAGCGGGCGGCAGCAGGUCCCAGAGGCGGAGGUGGCCACCGUGGAGCGGCAUAUGGAAGAAGCGAGGGAAAACAUCCGGAAGGCGGAGGUGGGUCCCCUUGCCCAGGCAAGAGCCUGGCUGGUGCGAGCCUUGUACGACUACGAGGGCCAGAGCCCCGAGGAGCUGAGCUUCCCUGAGUGGGCCAUCAUCCGCGUGCUGCCCCGUGCCCCUGGCGAGGUGGACGAUGGCUUCUGGACAGGAGACUUUGAUGGCCGCGUCGGUGUCUUCCCUUCACUAGUGGUGGAGGAGCUCACAGGGGGCCGGGAGGCAACAGGGCAG